AUGGAUAUCUUGGAAUUGAUUAAUCUUAAGCAUAACCGUCACCGGGGGAGUGGUUCCCGUCCUUAUAUAUGUACGUGGGAGGGAUGUGCAAAGGAAUUUGGACGCAGGUCAGAUCUUGUUCGACACAAAAGAAUCCAUACCAACGAGCGUCCCUAUUUAUGUAAUUAUCCUUACUGUGGCAAAUCGUUUAUUCAGCGGUCGGCAUUGACUGUGCAUGAACGGGUGCAUACGGGUGAACGCCCACAUGUUUGUGAAUGGCCGGGUUGUGGGAAAUGUUUUAGUGAUUCUAGUUCACUGGCACGUCAUCGCCGGAUUCAUACGGGAAAACGGCCGUAUAUUUGUGAAUAUACUACAUGCUUGAAAAGUUUUUGUCGUAAAACUACACUUACAAAACACAUCCGGCGUGCUCAUCAUAAUCGAGUAAAAACAGAUGAAAUUGAUGUGAAUGUUUUGAACGGAUCCUCCUAUAUUACACAGGAUGUAUCUCGUCCAUUUUUUAUAAAGGAUGUUUUUAAGGAUCCAAACUAUCAACAUUAUACACCGCAAAUGUUAUCGUCUAUGUCCAUGCAUUAUACAGCGCCAACGCAAUAUGAGCCGCUUACGCCUCAGUCGUCUGUAAUAAGGGAUAUUGAUGAUGAUUUGGACCACUCAUCACCACAAUCUAUUGUUUAUACACCGUCACAGUAUGGUUAUUUGCCAUAUUAUCAGCCGUCAUUUGCACUCAACAAUACAAUGUCGCCUUCUAUGUCAACAUGUUCUCAAAAACAGUCAGAUAAUUAUUUAUUUGAUUAUCAAUCCCAAAUGGUAUCCAAUGCAAACCUAUCUCCUACACAGUAUGAAUAUCCUUCUCCUCAAUUGGGUCUUGUUCAAGAAGAAGCAUCACUCUGGGAGUGGCCAAAAGACUCCAAUAAUCUUACACCAUCUAGUAUAUUUAAUACUCAUGUUUGA